AUGGAGCGGGAGAUCAACAGGCGGUUUGGUGCUGAAUCUGCAGUGAUGCGGGCGUUGUACCGGUCUGUCGUGGUGAAUUCCAACGUGUCGAUCAGUCCGGUUGAAGAAAGCGUGGCUGUAAGUAUAAGCAAAUAUGUGAUCGUCCUCGCCCUCAGCCUCUUCAUCAACUACAUCAAUGGUACUCUGAUCCACACCUUCAGGAAACACCAGGUUUUUUCCCUGAACCCUCGCUACAUCCUGUUCAUCCAUCUUGUCCUGAACGAUAUGAUCCUGCUGACAACAUCAGUCAGCCUGUUUUUCAUCGCCUGCACUGUCUUUGAAAUUAACGUUUCCCUCUGUUGUUUUAUAAUGAUUGUGACUGUUUUCACCAGUCUGAACACWCCYUUAAAUUUAGCAGUGAUGGCUGUGGAGUGCUACAURGCUGUGUGCUUCCCUCUGAGACACGCUGAGCUCUGCACCGUCAGACGGACURWUAUUCUGAUCGUCUGMAUUUGGGUUUUCAGCUCAUUUACAGUUUUGUUUGAAACCAUUGUUCUUCUGUCAACAAAACCUCUGGAGUUUUUUCAUUCCACAAUAUAUUGUCUGCUGGAAAAUCUGUUCCGACACCCAAUUAGCACACAGGUGAGAGAAAUUAACUAUAUAAUUUAUUUAACGGUAGUUUGGUUCACCCUUUUCUUUACUUACUUCAAGAUCUUCUUUGCUGCCAAAGCAGCUAACUCAGCUGAUGGAAAAACAAAAAAGGCCAGAAACACCAUCCUGCUUCAUGGCUUUCAGCUCCUGCUGUGUAUGCUGACAUAUGUAGAACCUUUCGUCAAAAAUACUCUUAUCCGCAUGUUCCCUAAAUACACUGCUCACUUACGCUUUGUUUCUUAUAUCAUUAUUAACAUUCUCCCCAGGUUUAUCAGCCCCAUUGUGUACGGGCUGCGAGACAAAACAUUUAAAGAGCAUUUGAAAAGAAACUUUACCAUGAAUCUUUUUCUUUUGCAUAAUAAAGUAUGA